AUGGUCCGGUUGGCACUACCCCAACGGUUGAGCUCGCACCUUUCCGCGAGGAGCGCGUCGUCGACUCCCGGGCAGAGCAGAAGCACCAGUCCUCUGCGAUCUUCGGAAACCAAACAUCUGCUACUCAAGGUUUCAGUGAUUCGGGGACGCAACCUCGCAGCCAAAGAUCGGGGUGGCACGAGCGACCCAUAUUUGGUGGUCACAUUAGGAGAUGCGAGGCAGUCGACACCGACCAUAUUCAAGACCCUGAACCCGGAAUGGAACGUCUCAUUCGAGAUGCCCGUGAUGGGUGUACCGUUGUUGGAAGCUAUAUGCUGGGAUCAUGAUCGGUUCGGCAAGGAUUACCUGGGCGAGUUUGAUAUUGCAUUGGAGGAUAUCUUUGCCGAUGGCCAGGUGAACCAACAGCCCAAAUGGUACACUUUGAAUUCCAAGCGGAAGACGUCCAAAAGGAAGGACAGCACUGUGUCGGGCGAGAUCCUGCUGCAGUUCUCGCUCGCCGAUUCUGCGAACCCCGCUGCCACGCCGCCGGACAUAUUCGGCAAGUUCAAGAAAUUGGUAUACUCGGGUGAUGAGGAUGACCAGAUCCCUCAGAUCCCUCCCGCCGAUUUUGAUGACUUGGACCGGGACGAUGAGACCUCUGACGAGGCCGAUGACCUGGCAGGUGGUCCAGAAGUGGGAGAAAAACGCCGUCGGCGACUUCGGCUGGCUCGCUUGAGACGCAAGUCCCUGGCAGCUCGUGCAUACCAAUUCUCAGGCUCGGGGACUGGAGUGCAGGGUAUCGUUUUCAUGGAAAUUGUUCGGGUGACCGAUCUGCCUCCUGAACGAAAUGUAACGCGGACAUCGUUCGAUAUGGAUCCUUUUGUCGUGACCUCUCUAGGAAGGAAGACCUUGAGAACCCCUGUCAUCCGCCAUAACCUGAACCCGGUGUAUCAUGAGAAAAUGGUGUUCCAGGUGAUGCGGCACGAACAGUCUUAUACCAUCAGCUUCAAUGUGAUAGAUCGAGACAAGUUCUCCGGGAAUGACUUUGUUGCCUCUGCGGGUUUCCCUUUGCAGAAUCUCGUCCAGUCCGGCCCAGAAGCAGAUCCCGAGACGGGAUUAUAUCAUUUUGUAGAGGAUCUGGAGGAAGCUGAUCCCACUACAGCUGCCAAGUUUGGUACGCGAUCUGGUGUUAGUCCCUCGCGAUCUGGAGUCACCCCAUCGCACUCUUCACCAAGUCUCUCCAAAAUGGCUCGGCCUAUAAUAAAGACCCGUCACUCCGCCAAUUCAGUCUCAAGCCAAUCAAUGCUCGAAGCCCCAGGCCCGACUCUCCUUGCACCCUCUUCUCUCCCAGAAGAAGGAAUUCCAGAGACGGAUAGUGCUAGCUCAUUGCAGCUUUCCUCCACGCUGAACAUGUAUGAUGGCGAGUCAGCUCCGCCACCUGACCAGGACGGCUUCAGAUCUUAUACUAUUCCCCUCAUGCUCAAGAAUAGAGAGCGGUGGGAAGACAAACAUUCGCCAGAGCUGCAUGUCAAGGCAAAGUACCUGCCGUACAGUGCUCUCCGACAGCAGUUCUGGAGGUUGAUGCUUAAGCAAUAUGACGCUGACGAUAGUGGUCGCAUUGACAAGGUGGAGAUGACGACAAUGCUUGACACUCUUGGUUCAACGCUAAAGGAGUCGACAAUUGACAGCUUCUUCGAACGCUUCAGCGCAGAGAAUGAAUCUAAUGAAACCGAUGAUCUGACGUUUGAUCAGGCAGUGGUUUGUCUCGAGGACACGCUUCAAACCCUGCAGAAGAGAAAUUCAAUGGCUGCUCCCAGAGCGACUUCGCUUCCUCUGUCAAUUGCUGGAAGUCAAGAUAGUGAGCAAUCUAGCAGCGACGAGCACGUUUUGGAAACCAACAUCGCUGCUGCUUCCAAUACCGAUCCGCAGAAAACAUCUAUUCCAACCCUGUCCAGCGAAGAACAAUCUAGCGCUGAUGAGUACCUCCAGCCCGAUGAUCUCGCAGACGAGAGGGGUGAGGAGCACGUCGUCGAAAUCCGCGAGUGCCCACUUUGCCACCAGCCACGUCUUGCGAAACGCUCUGAUGCGGAUAUCAUCACGCACAUUGCCACGUGCGCAAGUCAGGAUUGGCGCCAGGUUGACAACUUAGUUAUGGGUGGCUUUGUGACCUCCAGCCAGGCACAGCGCAAGUGGUACUCCAAAGUCAUCACAAAGAUUUCAUACGGCGGAUAUAAACUCGGAGCGAACUCGGCCAAUAUCCUUGUACAAGAUCGCAUCACGGGUCAGAUCAACGAGGAACGCAUGAGUGUCUAUGUGCGACUCGGAAUCCGGCUGCUGUAUAAGGGCAUCAAAAGUCGUGAUAUGGAAAAGAAGCGAAUCCGCCGUGUGCUGCGCUCUUUGAGUGUCAAGCAGGGUCGUAAAUAUGACGACCCAGCCUCGGCAUCUCAGAUCAAGGACUUUAUCAAUUUCCAUCAGCUGGACAUGUCCGAAGUCCUAAUGCCCCUAGAAAAGUUCCGCAAUUUCAACGAAUUCUUCUACCGUGCUCUCAAGCCUGAGGCACGUCCGUGCUCCGCUCCUGAUGAGCCUAAGAUUGUUGUGUCUCCCGCCGACUGUCGCUCAGUGGUCUUUGACCGCUUGAGCGAUGCAACCAGCAUCUGGGUCAAGGGACGUGAGUUCUCAGUUGAAAGAUUAUUGGGCGAUGCUUACCCAGAGGAUGCUGCUCGGUACCGAAACGGUGGUGUCGGAGUGUUCCGUCUGGCACCUCAAGAUUACCACCGCUUCCACAUCCCCGUAGAUGGAAUCAUGGGUGAACCCAAGACCAUCGAGGGCGAGUACUAUACGGUGAAUCCUAUGGCGAUCCGAUCCGCCUUGGACGUCUACGGCGAAAAUGUCCGCAUCCUCGUCCCCAUUGACUCUGUUGAGCAUGGCCGAGUUAUGGUUGUCUGCGUUGGCGCCAUGAUGGUCGGCAGCACAGUCAUCACCCGGAAAGCCGGCGAGAAGGUUUCGCGAGCUGAAGAACUGGGCUACUUCAAAUUCGGUGGCAGCACCCUUUUAGUGCUCUUUGAAGAUGGCAGGGUCAAUUUCGACAGGGACCUAGCGGACAACUCCAAGGGUGCUCUGGAAACUUUGAUCCGAGUUGGCAUGUCGGUCGGACACACCCCUGAUAUUCCUCAGUAUGUACCUGACAUGCCCAAGAAGUCGGAGAAUAUCACUGCCGAGGAGAUGCAAGAAGCCAAGCGACGCAUUGAGGGCAGUCUGGCACCAACAAGCAAGCCAUCCACCUUACUCAAGUCGAUUCAAUGA